GCGUUCUCUCGCUACCCAUCUCUAUGCGACUGUAUGGCCUGACCCCUCACACGCUCCACCCCCUGGCCGUCAUCAAUCACGUUCAAGUAGUUGAUUCCUCGCACCUGCUUUGGUCAAGGCACAUGUUGGUUAAAAAAAAAGUCGACAGAGAUUGAUUCGCUGUCAUUAGCUUUAACUUUGCUUGAUACAUUGGACAACAAGCAUAGCAAUUGUUGUUUAGAAAGAUGACCAUGGACGACUUUCAAUUCAUGGAUAGCUUCAAGAGAAAGCGCAUCAAAUUGACCCUCAAGACUGCGACUUUCCUUGGAAUUGUUCAACGGAUAAACGCCAAUAAAACUGUGAUUUUAGAGGACGUUGUGGAUGUCAAGAAUGGAAGGAAAUUCCCUGGAGUGAAACUAUUCUUUGGACAUGAAAUUCUCAAUGUGGAAUUCCCAAAUGUAACAAAGUCUGAACGAGAUCACACCAGUGACCACAGACCUGAAGGUCACCUGACAGUGGCAGAGUUCCAGCCUUACAGGAAAGGUCUCAUACUGAAUGACGAUGAUGAGAGCCAUGUCAACUUUGUGGUCAUUGAUGAGUUCCAUGAGAAGUUUGGUCCUGCUAUGAUGCACAUCCGGAAGCAGCAGGUGAUCGGGAUAGGAGCUGACGGGGUCGGGACGUUCCAGCACGAGAGACUCUGUUGGCUGCAGAUUGCCACUAAGAACAAGGUGUACCUCUUUGACAUACUGUUGCUUGGAGCCCGGGCCUUCAAAAACGGCCUGUCCAUGAUCCUAGAAAAUAACCACAUAUUAAAGGUCACUCAUGACUGCCGGAGCCUCGCCGGAUGUUUGAUGGCUCAGUUUGGAGUAAAUCUCACCAACGUCUUUGACACUCAGGUGGCAGAUAUCCUGUGCUUCUACACAGAGACUGGUGGCUUCCUGCCAGACAGGGUCAGUACCCUACCGAAGGUGGUGAGCCUACAUUUGAAGAUGUCCUCGUCACAACUCUCCUCUCUCAACAUCAAGUCUCUGCUCACCAAGGAGGACAAAGAGGUGUGGUACGUGCGUCCCUGCCCUUUGUCCCUGCUGAAGGUCAUGGCCCUGUCGGUGAUCCACCUGCAGCCUCUGAGACUGGUGCUGCUGGAUGCCCUCAUGGCUGACUACACAGGCCUGGUGGACUCCUACCUCAGCGGCAGCCGAGAGGAACCUGUCCACAUGCAGAACAUCGGCUCGAGCAGUGUUCUGGAGCUGCCCAGGGAGCUGCGGGAGUUGGAGCACACGCGUCAGAAGCGCCAGAAGUGGGCCGUCGACCGCUACCCUGUCACUGAGCAGGGCCUGCUGGAGCGCUCCAACCCCAGACCCCUACCCCCAUCACAGAAUGGGCAGGGCCAGGACACAGCCACCCAAAGACAACCAGACCCUCCUGUCCCCGCAGCAGUGGCGCCUGUAGUCCCAGAACCAGGGCAGGGCCCAGCAGAGACACCCUGUCCCAGCAAUACCCUGGGGGCCUCUGACCUCCAUGCUAUGACCUGUGCCCUGACACAAGAGGCCCAGCAGAGCUACAGGAAACAGCCGUCUGGUGUUGUCAGCCCAGUGGCUAAAUCAGGAGCACCAGGACUCUUGGAGAUAGUGAUGGACACAAUGGCAGGCAGAGGGAGGUCCCUGUUGAAAGACCCAACACCACCCAUUCUCCCUGUGUUCCCCUCCCUGGGAAGAGGCCUGGCUCUCCCGAUACCAGCAGCCCAGGUCCCCAAGGAGAGCCCCGGAGCCCUGAAGACCCAGGCCCCAGUGGGGAGGGUGGAGGUGCCUGUCCCCCCAGGCCCAAGACCCAGCCCAGUACAGCCAUCUGAAAACAUUCCUGGUGCAGGGAGAGGCCUCAUUCAGAAACCCCAAGGUCUCACCUCUCCUCUCAGUCUCUCCUUCAGUUCAUUUAGAAAGAGCCACCUAUGAUUGGGAUUGGUUGGUUCAAAAUUACUUGUACAUUUUUAUUCUACAAAGACCACUAGGUGGCGGUAAAUUGUCAAUUGUUUGCAAUAUAAAUUGCACCAAUGUUGGGUGUUUUAGUUAACUGCUUUUCUAUUUCAAUCACAUAAUUGGAUGAGUGAUAUUUAGAGUUGUGUCCAUGGUAUGUGGUUAACCUGUACAUUUGUUUAUUUAAGCUUCUAUUUUUAAAUUGACUUAAAUUGCUGUUCAUCACUUGUUCCUUUACAAAAAUUAAUUUAUCACCAAUUCAAUACUCUUGAUUUAUUCUCUCUCUUUCUGGCCUGAUUUGCGUGAGUAAUGGUACAUUCUGAAUCUGUUAAGUGCAGUCAUUUCACUUGGUAAUGAGCCCCUCGGCAUACAGGGAAUAUUCUGCCAGGCUACAGCCUGAUUUAUGUUCAACUAAUUCCUUUGAUAACAAUACAGAACAUAGUGUAUUAAUUCAUACCAGCCCACACCUGGAUGAUCUGUGCAGCACCAGCAGAAUUAUAGUUCAGCCAAAUGAAGCGCAUCAAGUUCAAAUAUUGUAUACAAGAAAAACCUUUUUAUGAUUCAUUAAUUUCAAAAUGUUUCUUCUCAAUCAGUUGUGUAAAACAAAUGCUAACACAGAAUAAAGUACCCAAUAUAGCUUA